AUGCGAAAAUUCUCGAGUCAAAAAUUCGAAACGCAGAAUCAACAGCAAAGAUUCGAGCCGCAGAAUUAUGGACAAAAUGCGGCAACACCAAGAUACGUGCAGCACGUGGCAGGAGGCAAUAAUCAUCCGGUGCAAAUGCAAAUGCAGCAAGUAAAUACCGAAGGAGCAACUCCAUCGGGAAUUUACCACAAUGGCACCUGGUACAAUGCCCAAACUUAUCAGUCGCAGGUUGUCAACCCUACACAGUACGAAAAUCCAACUUACACCUAUCCACAAGUCAUCCAAACUGGAGUACAACAACAACAACAACAGCAACCACAACAACAGACGGUUCAAAUUCCACAACAAGAGAUUCCUCAAGAUCAGCAAAUGGGAGCCACCUAUUAUCAAGCGUAUGAAGUGCAACCCUACACAUAUCAGGUGCCAGAGUUGCCAGCACAACCAACACAACCGCAACCACAGCUACAACUACAACAAGUUCAACUAGUGCCAUCACAUCAACAUGUUACACAUCAGGCGGUGACACCGACAAUUAUCAGUGUCGACUCAUUGCGCGAAUUAUACGAUCCCAGCAUUAUUGAGAUCGAUAUAUCGGCCGCAUCGGAGGUUUAUAUAACACGCACUCCAAUUAAGCUGAUAAUUACCAUCUAUCGUCAGCGUGGCAAUGAAAAACCCGAUAUGACACAUAAAGUUUCCAUUAAUGGACAAUCGCUUAGCGAUCUUAACUUUAAAGCAAAUCCCGAUUCGGAGCCGCAUCUGGACCCAAAUCAAAAUGGCAAUCAGGAGGUGGCAGACGAACCCAAGUCGGGAACUGAGCAGGAAACUUUGAAUACUGAAGUCAUCAUCGAGGAGAGUCAAGAAAUCUGCGAAUGCCACGAAAAGGCACUUCAAUCAACCGUCAAUUCAGCUAAAAAUAGUCAGGAAAUUGUCAAUACUCCAACUGUUUCGAAAACUCUAGAUAUUUCUGAAGAUCAACCUGUGCAGGCACUUCAAUCAGCCGUCAAUCAAGCUAAAAAUAGUGAGGAAAUUUUCAAGACUCCAACUGUUUCAAAAACUCUAGUUAUUUCUAUAGAUAAACCAGCGCAGGCAUUUCAAUCAGCCGUCAAUCAAGCUAAAAAUAGUGAGGAAAUUUUCAAGACUCCAACCGUUUCAAAAACUCUAGUUAUUUCUAUAGAUAAACCAGCGCAGGCAUUUCAAUCAACCGUCAAUCAAGGAACAAUUUGCAAUCAUACAUUCAAAACUUCAACUGUUUUGAAAGAACCUCCCGAAGCUCUACCAAAAGAUCAGUUAGCUAAAUCCGAUAAUUCGAAACGCACACCUAAGACCACACCGAAACGUAAGAAAGGCAAAAUAGAUGUGUUAAUUCUCGACUCUAUACCCAAUGAACCGGAGACUGUACAGCCAUUUGGUAAUGCUCAACAGCGUAAUUCCAAAAAGCGCAACAACAAACUGAGCAAAUUGGAACGAAAGGCUCUGCGUCGCGAGGUGAAACAGUCACAGAACGAACAACUUCAGGUUGUCGAGAAGAUAAAAGAGGAUAUGGUCAACCCGAACGGAAAGGAAUCUGAGGAGAAGCAAUCGAUUGACAAUCAAUCCGAAGAGAAACCAUCCAAAAAGAAACAACGCAAAAAGCAGCAAAGCGAUGUGAAAGAAUCCCAGUCUGAAAACACAGAUAAAGAAGAUGACUCGGGGGAUGAUUCGGACUCUUCGGAUGAUACGCAGAUCGUGUGUCCAUUAUUAAAGGCCGUUUCCGAUCCGAAAUUGCGUCGUACUCUCGUUAGAAUCAUAAAUAAACUGAAUUGUCUUUAA